AUGGCUGCAGUAUUCCGGAGCUGCUGGGAGCUGUGCCACUGGAGUGGGAGGGGGGGUCCCUCCAUCCCCAGGGAGCAGAGAAUGGCAGUAAAGGGCUUUACAGGUGCCCCUUUCGGCACUCAGACAGUCAGAUUUGAUGUGUCAGCAGUUUAUCCAAAGUGUAAGAAACCUGGUACAUACACACAGGCGCCCUACUGCAAAAAGGUCUCUUCAGAGUUGGGCAGAAAGGUAGGCCCAGGCACCUACAAUAUUGACCAUGGAAGCUUUAGCUCCUCUGUGCUGCAUGAGAAGGCUUCAAAUUCUGGCUGGGCCAAAGCAGAGGAAGCGGCACGCCUCACCCAGAUGCCCCAUUUUAAUUUUAAGGAGACAUUGAAGAAACGCAAGUAUCUGAAAGAAAAACUAGGCCCAGGAACUUACAACAUCAAAGAUUUUCUGCAAGAAACCCGACCUGCAAGCAUCAGAGGUGUUUGUGACACUGGAGAAGAGAGGUUUAGAGACUUCAUUAGGGAUUGCCAUCCUGGCCCUGGGACUUACGGCAAGAAUGGAAACCCUUAUGCCCUGAUUGAGGAGAAGGAGAGACGCUCGGCAAACUCUCAAGGGAUAAUGGACAGCAAAACCGAAAAAUCUGUCUUACCUACUGCUGCGGGAAGUGGUUUGGGGCCAGCCACCUACAAUCUUAAAAACAGUACAGAUGAGAUGUUGAAACGUGUGGUCAGUAUUCGUGGCCCAUAUGACACCUUCACAGGAGACAGGUCAAAGCCUAUUAUCUGCGGACAUUACGCUGUGGAAAAGAAAUGCAUCGAGCUCGGCCCCAGCAACAUCAAGAGUUUUGUGGAAGAGCUGGACACCAAGGACAGAAAGAAAAAUGGUGUUUUCAGCACCCUCGCUCGGAACCCCGGCUGCCCCACGGAGCGGAUCUUCUGGGCCACACUCAGCCAGUGUCCACGCGCCACGUAUGCUGUAGGGCCAGGCUCACAUGAUCCAAAACCCGUGGAGCGAUCAGAAUACUUCAAUCAACCUCCAUUUUGGUCAUCUGCAAAAAGGGUUGACAGGAAAGCAUACCGCCUCUUUAUUGGAAACACGAACCCAGUUGGUGUUGGUCGCUAUGACAUCACAAAACAAGAAAAGUGCAAGUGGAAUACUAGAUACCGGUCACUUUACCAGUGUGAAACACACCGUUAUCUGAGUAAUCUGGAACAGGAUGCAUACUUACUACAGCGGAUCAACCCUGUUAAUAGAGGGCAUUGGAACAAUUUGGUUUCUGCUGCAAAUGAUCCAGAUACCUCUGCACAAGCUAUUGCUACUUCAAACUAAGUGCAUGCUGUAAAGCAGCAGGCAGGUGGAGACACUGUUAAAUAAAGACUGAUUAUAAGAAGGACAAUACUUACAACGUACAAUACAGCUGCACACAAGUCAAGAUAGUCUAAAACGACCUACAGUUUUGCUCUGCAAUAACACACUUAAA